CUGUGUGUCCAGCGGUGCGUUAACCCUUGUUGCAAAGUGUUGCGUAAUGGUCAACAAACACUGCCUGUGGCACCACUGGAGACUGUUCCUAUAAGUCAUGGACAUUUCAGCUGUAAAUGCUCUUUCUUACGAGGAUUUUGUGAACACUUUCGGUAACGUGGUGGAGAAAUGUCCUGUUAUAACAGCCGCUGUGUGGUCGAGGCGUCCGUUUGUGAGUUUAAAUGCUCUGGAGGCUGCUAUCAGUGACUUCAUCGACGAGCUCCCAGAAUCAGGUAAAGAGGGGAUCCUAAGGUGUCACCCCGACCUGGCCGGCAGGGACCUGCAGAGAGGCACCUUGACCCGGGAGUCGCGCCAGGAGCAGGCAGGAGCCGGAAUGGACGCGCUGACCUCGGGGGAAACCGAGCGCAUGGCCCGUCUCAACGAGGAUUACAAAAAGCGCUUCGGCUUCCCAUUUGUCAUCUGCGCCCGGAUGAACGACAAAGCGAACAUCUUGCGGCAGCUGUCCGAGCGCUGCCAGAACGAGCGCGCAGUGGAGAGAGAGCGCGGAAUCGAGGAGGUGAAGAAGAUCUGCCGCUUGCGCCUCCAAAGUCUGCUGCUCACUGAUGGCGCGAACAAAUUAUGAAGUGCCGGAGGUUGAGUUUUGCGCCAAUUUGCCUCUAAACCUCAUCACUGCCAGGCUCAAGGGCUGUGGUAUAUUUUUAUUCUGAAUGUAUCCAUAAAAUCUCCAAUCAAUAAAACAUGUGGAUCAUUGAUUCUAA